AUGGCGUUCCAGACGCCGAUGCACGCGCUCGGGCUGCCGCAGACCCGUGCUCGUAGCCGAGACGCUAUGGGCGCCAAGGAGGCUGCGCUGUUCCGUCGGCGACGCGCGAUCGCAGGCGUGGUGGUCACAGCGCUGUGUCUGUCUGUGCUUAUGACCUGGCGCCUCUUCAUGCAGCUGCCGCCCUCCCGCAACAUUCAGGAGCGCCAAGUGUCACGAGGAUUCCGUGAUGACAAGCAGAUCGUGAUGGUGCUCACCCACUUCCGAGACAGCGACGCGUGCGCCCAGACGCUCGUUGACGCGCUCACAAACGCGUUUCUGUCGUCACGAGUUCACUUCCGCGUGUUCGAAGAGCUGUACCUGGCGGAGGAGCAGACGUGUGCGCGGCGCUUCUGCGAGCUAAAACCCAAGGACUGCAAGCAAUUGCUGCGAUCGGGGCAGCUACGCACGCAAAGGAGGGACGCCUCGGGAGCUGUUGGGAGUACGGUGGCUAAAUACAUCGCCGAAGGAAUGGUGGAGCGCAAGUUCUUGGACCAUUUCUAUCUGUCGGUGGAUCCGGCGGUCGUGGUUUUCACGGAUAGCUGGGACCUCAACCUGCUGAAGCAAUGGUACAACGUGGGCAAUGACAUGGCUAUCCUGAGCGUCGCCCCCAAGUCUGUCGAGCUACAAGGUUUGACGAAUUCUACUAUGCUCGUGCAGUGUUCCGCUCGGAUCCACUCGAAGGACCAAGACGCAGUCGUUGAGUACAACGCUCCUGAGCCCAUUCCCCGUCAGGGCGCUGCGCUGCUUUCUCCUGUGCUGCAAACGCAGUACACUGAAGUGUUUCACUUCGGUCCGACUCACGCGCUUUUCGACGUGCGCUCGGAUCCGCACACGCCGUUGAUCUCGGCUGGACAAGAGUACGCCCGGGCCACGCGCUUCUGGACGCGCGGCUACGACUUCUACGCACCCAACGAAGACGUUUUGUUUGCGCGGUACAAGUGGCAGGAGCCCCCGCUCCCUAUGUCUAGCGGCAGCCUUGGCGACCGAACGGAGCAGCAGCGACAGCGCAGAGUGGACGAGGCCAACCGCCGCAUCCGCCGGCUGCUGGGACUACCAGUGUCCGCACAGGAUGGCCAACUGGAGCAGGCCGAAGUGUACGGGGUGGGCAAGAAUCGCACUAUGGAGGCCUGGCGGAGGUUUUCCGGCGUGGAUCCGCGUGCGGCCUACAACGAGUCCACCACGAACCAGUUUACGCUCUGUGGUGCGGUAGCGACCGGCAAGGUGCACUAUGUGCCGUACUAACCGUGAUUUACUGUACAAUAACGAUUAGUACACGAUGGUCUAUU